CUUUUCUCUCACCUCCCAAGACCACAGAACGGAUCCCUCCAAACCUUUUUCCCUUCUUUUCUCUCCCAUCACCACCUCCCAUCUCCGAACCCACUGAACGGACGCCGGCGAGACGCUCUAUUUCCCCUCUGUUCACUGCCCUCAACUCGGUGAACGGCACGACGGCGGGAGAAGAGCCCUCUUUCCCGGCAUAUUUGAAGACAAUCGAAGCUGGGACUCGCCAUCCGGACAUAUUUGAAGUCAAACUAUUUGUACUCGAUUCCAUGGCUUCAAUUUCGGAGUGAGGUAGAUACGUGUCACCGGGCCGGCAAGAGGAACCGUCAUAAGAGAGAGGAACGCACCGACGACCGAUGUUGGGAGAAGAAGGUUUCUAUUUAAAUUCUCCUUUGCGAAAACCCCUCCUCUCCGAAGAAACAGAGUCCGCGCAAAGAUGCGGUGGUUUCUGCAAAUCAAAAUACGAAGCAGAGGUCGGGGGAGAUGCGACUGGAAAGGGAUCUGGGCAUCUGACUCUUCCCUCACAGGGGCACUCGGACUUGGAUUUUGCUUUCCCUUCCUCCUUGGAUUUCAUUGAUGCAGGCAUAGUUGAGCUGAAACCCUCGCCGCCGCUCCCUCAAUCUGUCUCCUUCGAGCCAAGCCUCUUGUCGUUCUUAAUUUAUUCCAUACUUCGACAAGAUGGCAAAACGGUGGCCGCAAAGAUGUUCCACGUCUACUGAACUCCGACAAGAUUGGCCCAGUUAUGACUCAUUGUGGCCAUUGGAACCUGGCGAAUCUCUUGGCGACGACAUUGAUGACUGGAAUUGGGUGAGUCAACAACUUGGAUUUGGCUCCCCUGACUUUUGGUUCAUGGAUUUUCUUCCUGUUCAUUUACCGCAAAUAGGUAAAGUUCAAACCCAAUUUGUUCAUUGAUUACUUUCUUUUCUAAUUAAAUUGGCUAUGCUUUUGAUAACACUAUUGUUUUUCACCCUUUGGCUGAAUGAACACAAGUAUAUAGAUCAGUGAAUAGAGGCCAGUAAUUUGAGAUUGAACCCUAUUUAUUCAUGGAUUUAAUUUGAGAUUCACUGUGGAGGGUGGCGAUAGAGCCCAGUAAAAGAUCCCUGUACAUUGAGUUACCUCUUGGACUUCCAAUCAAACCAAGCCAUGCAAAUUCUUAUUCAGAUUGGCUUUAUAGAUCAAAUUCUCAUAUAGCCUCUUAUGAUGAUAGAGUUAUGGGGCAAUGGUAAAACCUACCUGACUUUUUAGUUUGAUAGUGAUGCAUGCUAUGGAAUUGAUUCCAAGUGUUCUCAUUUUGCUUAGUCUGAGUUAUGUUAAUGUUGUGCAUCUGCAUAAUUGUACAGGAGGUAUUAAUGUUGUUUUUUGUUCCUGUAUGUGCAAUGAGAUUGGUAUUCUUACUUUCCCUAUUAUUUGUUCAUAUUCAAUGCAAAGGUGGAUAUUUCAGUAGGUUUCCUACAAGUAACCAUAUAAUAUUAUAACAGAGAGGAGGUUGGUAGAGCUAGGGAAGUUGUCGGUCUCAUGAGAUUAACAAAGUUAGUUGCUUUGUCACCAUUGCAGCAGUACUUUUUCACAAACACUUCUGAGGUUUCAAGCAGAAUGCCAAAAUCAGAUGAUAACUGAAGUGUUUUUUGUAUCUUCAAACCUUUGUCAGUAGAAGAAUGGAAGCUGCAGGGUGAAUGCGGUAGUGGGAGGAGAGAAGGGAAGGGGGGGUUUUUGGGGCUAAUUUCGAUUCUCUUAACCCACAUCACUAUUCAAUAAAGGGAAUAAUCAAUAAUCUCCUGCGACAACACCCACGAAUCACGAUACUGCUACUGCAACAUACCCACGAAGCCUUUCUCGGCUACUUCCAUGUUGUAAUCCCAUGCGGGCUCAGCAUACCAAUUACCAACAAAGCCUUUCUCAACUACUUCCAUGCAAUUCUGCAAUGGGUUGAGCACGUUAGGCCUCUCUCAAUGCGUUUUCUAAACACUUGCAUGGUAGUCUACCAAACUCAGGCCAACAAUUGUUAACCACGAUGGAAAUCUGACGUUGGUCAUCGAUUGAGGUGAGUUCACCAUAAGUGUCUGCACAACCCUCUGUUCCACCAUCUCUCCGCGGGAGUACUACGGUACAUUAAAUGUAUGAUGUAUCC